AUGACCACCGCCGGUUCCCCAACGCCGCCGACCCCGGUCACCGUCACCAUCGUCGGUUCCCCCACGCCGCCGGCACCGGUCACCUCCGUUGCGCCGACAACCGUCGUUUUCACGCCUGAAGAAGUCACUAGCAUCUUGCGGGAUCUCGUGGCGGCCGUCCAGGGCAUCCAUCUGUACCUGGCCGGACCGCACGCACCUCCGCCGGCUGCGACUACCGCCGCCUACGGCCACCCCGCGCUGCCGUGGCCGUCCCAGGGCGCGCCUGCAAUUGGCGGGCCACCGCUGCUGCCGUUCCAGGCGGGGCACCCCAGCGGGCCACCUCCGACGCUGCUGCGCCUGCCCUGGUACUCGGUACCCGCGGCGAUCGCCGGGGCCCCUCUAUCGCUCCAGCUGCCGCACGCCCCAGCACCGUCCUGGCCGCAGUGGCCCGCGCCGGUUCUCGCGGCGCCACCCGUGCCUCCCGCGCCCGCCCCAGCGCCGCAGUGGCCCGCGCCGGCCCCAGCCGCGCCAACCGCGUCGGUCCAGCUCCCACCGCCGCCGCCCAGCUCCGGACUGGGCCUGUCCACACCGGGAGGCCUCCCGAUCCAGCAGGUUCGGUUUCCGCCGUCACCGUCCCCGAUCCCGGCCUGGCUAACCGGGACGUCGCCACCGCAAGUUUACACGGAGGCCGGGGACCCACCAGUACCCACGCUGCAGUCUGGGGCCUCGUCCGGCUCCGCGGGGGCCUACGACGGCCUCCCCACCGUUGACCGGGCGCCGUCAUCAUCACUGCUCCGCACCGCCGAGCCGGUCGGCCAUGGCGCGCCGACCCAGACGCCGCCACGGUUCGCCAAGAUCGACUUCGCCACUUAUGACGGCACGGUGGACCUGCUUAACUGGCUCAACCAGUGUGAGCAGUUUUUCCGUGGACAGCGCACGCUCGCGUCGGAGCGCACUUGGCUGGCAUCCUACCACCUUCGCGGAGCAGCCCAAACCUGGUACUACGCCCUCGAGCAGGACGAGGGCAGCAUGCCCCCUUGGGAGCGCUUCCGCGAGCUCUGCCUUCUUCGUUUUGGGCCCCCGAUACGCGGGAGCCGCCUGGCGGAGCUAGGCCGCCUUCCCUUCACCUCCACGGUUCAGGACUUCGCCGACCAUUUCCAGGCCCUGGCAUGCCACGCGUCGGGCGUGACAGCACAGCAGCGGGCCGACCUCUUUGUCGGUGGACUUCCGGAUCACAUCCGCGUGGACGUGGAGCUUCGGGGACCCCAGGAUCUCCAGACGGCCAUGUACUACGCCCGCGCGUUCGAGCGCCGCGCGGCGGCCGUCCAGCAGGAGUCACCGUCCCGGGCCACUGGGUCGCUACCCUGA